AUGGCUGCACAGGCUAAUGUGCAUGCGCAGGGGGCCUCCUCAACCCAAGGCUCCCCCUCUGCAGGUCUGGCUGUGGUUGACUCUACGAGAGCUUCACAGCCUUCGCGUCUGGAGGCUUCCCCUGACCAGGAAGUCGUCCCUGCUGUCGAUGAACCGUGGCCAGAAUUCAUGGCCUGGUACCUGUCGCGGUGGCCUUGGCCCACGGAGCAGCGGGCAACGACAAGCCCGACGCCUAUUCACUUCACACCCGGUUACGCCUCUUCCGCUUUGCGAUGCCAGGAACAACCCAGUCUGGUUCCCCCCAUCAUCUCUAAUAUGUGUCCUGGCAACUCUCGCACCGGCCAAGGCGCCGAGGGACCCCAACAUUACGUCCUUGAGGAUUUCCGUUUCGAGGUCUCGCGUGGGGGGAGUUUUUCGUCAUCCUUGCCCCCCAACUUUGGCCAACAAAGUCCUGUGACCGUUCACCAAGGCAAGAGCGGUGGGGUUGAGACUUUGCCGACGAUCAGGGAGGACACGGUAGAGUACCGUGGGCGGACAAUCAGCCUCGAAAGGAUUCUACAUGGAACGGACGAACGUACCACGAUCAUGAUUCAGAACAUUCCGAGAUUCCUUGAUUGCAACCAAGUGAUCGAAGUCUUGAAUCGAACUAGUCGUGGAGCGUACGAUUUCUUGUUCUUGCGAAGGCAAUCGCGCUUCAAUUUCGGUUACGCAUUUGUCAACUUUGUGGAUCCUUUGCAUAUUAUUCGCGGCAAAAAAUGGCCCGGCUGUCAAUAUGCGGAGGAGCCAGUGAAAUUCUGCUAUGCCGUGGUUCAAGGAAAGGAAGAUCUGGUGAACUCAUGCCACCAGAACUCAGUUAUGACCCGACCUCCUGAGGAGCGACCCAAGGUGUUCUUUACUAACGGUCGCUUUGCAGGCUCGCAGGCACCAUUUCCUCGCCCGGACGCCGCCAGUUCCCUGCGUGGCGCCCUUACCAGCACCACCCAGCAAGGUGUCGAUAACAAUGAAUCUCAAAGCCAAGAUACAGUUGCGCCACCACACACCCGGAAUAGUUCGAAUGUGCAGAACCCAUAUCAGAGACUGCUUCCUCGGCCAUCGAGUCGUGUUACCCGUUAUCCUGCUGCAGGAUCAUUGCCCCAGCGUAUCCCAGCGGACUUUUCCAUAACCAGGGAGGGCAAUCCAACCAUGCGCCCCUCUGUGGGACGAUCUUUGCCUGGGCACAUCCGUUUUGAUUCCCCAUUCCCUGGAACAGAGCGCGAUCCGCUCCCCUCUACGGCACGGUCAUUGUUCCAGAACGUUGCUCCUGCUUCCCAGACCCUUGCUCCUGCCUCCCCCUCAGGGGGGUCGGUCGCACGCCUAGGCUACCGCUCUUGGGGACAACCCAUUCGCUCUUGGGCGCAACGACGUCGCGCCCAGUGGUCAUCUUCGACCGAAAAGGAUUCUCCUUCCACGCGGGAAGGCAAGUAG